UUGAGGUCCACCACCUCCCCCCGGCCCCUUUCCCCAGCUCUCUUCUCUCCACCUACUCCUUCCCGCCGGUUGUGAGAGAGCGGCUGCAGCUGGAGGCCUUGGCCUCUAGCCGCGCCGUCCCGAGAGGCACUUCCGGCGGCGUUUCACUUCCUGGUUGGAUGGAUGGAGCCGGGCGGGAGCGCGCACGGGGGAGGGGUGGCGGGUCAGUCUCCGCCGGGCGCUCCGGGGAUCAGCUGGCGGGCGGGCGCCGAACGCUGCCCCGGCUCUAGCUGCAGCGCCUCCUCCUCACAGCUUCGCAGGCCGGCCCGGCGGCCGUGACAAUGUUGCGGGGCUUGUAGCUGGGCGCCGGCCCGCCGAGCCAUCUCAAGUUUAAACUUACACGAAUCGCUCUCUUGAGGAGGAGGGGACCGCCGCGCGAUUGACACGCAUAUUCCUAUAGGCAUCCUCCCCCAGCCCCCACCCCCACGGCCGGAUUCGGGUGGCUCCUCUCCGAGCUGAAAUCCGAGAAGAAAUCCUUGGAUCUCUUGUUUUCUUAAAAAAAAAAAAAAAAAAAAAAAAAAAUCAAAAAAAAAAAAUCUAGAAACCGUCGGUAUUUUGCUUUACUGCUUCCUUUCCGCAAGAUGAAGAAGUUUUUCGACUCCAGGCGAGAGCAGGGAGGCUCUGGCCUGGGCUCCGGCUCCAGCGGAGGAGGGGGCAGCACCUCGGGCCUGGGCAGUGGCUACAUCGGAAGGGUCUUUGGCAUUGGGCGACAGCAGGUUACUGUGGACGAGGUGUUGGCGGAAGGUGGAUUUGCUAUCGUGUUUCUGGUGAGGACAAGCAAUGGAAUGAAAUGUGCCUUGAAACGCAUGUUUGUCAACAAUGAGCAUGAUCUCCAGGUGUGCAAGAGAGAAAUCCAGAUAAUGAGGGACCUGUCUGGGCACAAGAACAUCGUGGGUUACAUCGAUUCCAGUAUCAACAACGUGAGUAGCGGUGACGUGUGGGAAGUGCUCAUUCUGAUGGACUUCUGCAGGGGAGGCCAGGUGGUCAACCUAAUGAACCAGCGCCUGCAAACAGGUUUUACAGAGAGUGAAGUGCUCCAGAUAUUUUGUGACACCUGUGAAGCUGUUGCCCGCCUGCAUCAGUGCAAAACUCCGAUUAUCCACCGCGACCUGAAGGUUGAAAAUAUUCUGUUGCAUGACCGAGGCCACUACGUCCUGUGUGACUUUGGAAGUGCUACCAACAAAUUCCAGAAUCCCCAAACUGAAGGAGUCAAUGCAGUAGAAGAUGAGAUUAAGAAAUACACAACGCUGUCCUAUCGAGCACCAGAAAUGGUCAACCUGUACAGUGGCAAAAUCAUCACUACGAAGGCAGACAUUUGGGCUCUUGGAUGUUUGUUGUAUAAGUUAUGCUACUUCACUUUGCCAUUUGGGGAGAGUCAAGUGGCAAUUUGUGACGGAAACUUCACAAUUCCUGACAACUCUCGGUAUUCCCAAGACAUGCACUGCCUAAUUAGGUAUAUGUUGGAACCAGACCCUGACAAAAGGCCAGAUAUUUACCAGGUCUCCUUCUUCUCAUUUAAACUACUCAAGAAAGAAUGCCCAGUUCCAAAUGUACAGAACUCUCCCAUUCCCGCAAAGCUUCCUGAACCAGUGAAAGCCAGCGAGGCAGCUGCAAAAAAGACCCAGCCAAAGGCCAGACUGACAGAUCCCAUUCCCACCACAGAGACUUCAAUUGCACCCCGCCAGAGGCCUAAAGCUGGGCAAACUCAGCCCAACCCAGGAAUUCUUCCCAUCCAGCCAGCCCUGACCCCUCGAAAGAGGGCCAUGGUUCAGCCCCCACCUCAGGUCGCAGGAUCCAGCAAUCAGUCUGGCCUUUUAGCCAGCGUUCCUCAACCAAAAACCCAGGCUCCCCCCAGCCAACCCCUACCGCAAUCUCAGGCCAAGCAGCCCCAGGCUCCACCCACCCCACAGCAGCCACCUUCUGCUCCAGCCCAGGGUCUGCCUGCGCAGGCCCAGGCCACACCCCAGCACCAGCAGCAGCUCUUCCUCAAGCAGCAGCCGCAGCCUCCCCAGCCGCAGCCACAGGCGCAGGCAUCACCAGCUGCACAGCAGCCUUCAGGCACAUUCUACCAGCAGCAGCAGCAGCAGCAACAGCAGCAGGCUCAGGCUCAGCAGUUUCAGGCUGUACACCCAGCAGCCCAACAGCCAGCAAUCGCUCAGUUCCCUGCGGUAUCCCAAGGAAGCUCUCAACAGCAGCUGAUACAGAACUUCUACCAGCAGCAGCAGCAGCAGCAGCUGGCUACAACCCUGCAUCAACAACAGCUGCUGACUCAGCAGGCUGCCUUGCAGCAGAAGACCACGGUGGCAGCCAUACAGCCACCCCAGGCACAGCCGGCCACAGCCUCCCAGCCACCCCCUGCCCAAGAGCCAGCGCAGAUUCAGGCCCCAGUAAGACAACAGCCAAAGGUUCAGACAACGCCACCUCCUGCCAUCCAGGGGCAGAAACUCGGAUCUCUCACUCCUCCAUCCUCGCCCAAGGCCCAGCGUGCUGGGCACAGGCGGAUUCUCAGUGACGUGACCCACAGUGCGGUCUUCGGGGUCCCUGCCAGCAAAUCAACCCAGCUGCUCCAGGCAGCUGCAGCUGAGGCCAGUCUCAAUAAGUCCAAGUCUGCAACCACCACUCCUUCAGGCUCCCCUCGGGCCUCCCAGCAAAACGUUUAUAAUCCUUCAGAAGGUUCUACGUGGAACCCCUUUGACGACGACAAUUUCUCCAAACUCACAGCUGAAGAACUGCUAAACAAGGACUUUGCCAAGCUGGGGGAAGGCAAACAUCCUGAGAAGCUUGGUGGCUCAGCCGAGAGUUUGAUCCCAGGCUUUCAACCAACCCAGGGUGAUGCUUUUGCUGCUUCCUCAUUUGCUGCUGGAACUGCUGAAAAAAGGAAGGGUGGGCAGGCUGUGGAUUCUAGCCUUCCUCUUCUAAGUGUAUCUGAUCCUUUCAUUCCUCUUCAAGUACCUGAUGCACCAGAAAAACUAAUUGAAGGACUCAAAUCUCCUGACACUUCUCUUCUGCUCCCUGACCUCUUGCCUAUGACAGACCCUUUUGGUAGCACUUCUGAUGCUGUAAUUGAAAAAGCUGAUGUCGCUGUUGAGAGUCUCAUACCAGGACUGGAGCCCCCGGUGCCCCAGCGCCUCCCAUCUCAGACGGAAUCCGUGGCCUCCAACCGCACAGAUUCUCUCACCGGGGAAGAUUCCCUGAUUGAUUGCUCUCUGCUUUCUAACCCUACUACUGACCUUCUGGAAGAAUUUGCCCCCAUAGCGAUCUCUGCUCCGGCCCAUAAAGCUGCAGAAGAUAGUAAUCUCAUCUCAGGUUUUGAUGUCCCUGAGGGCUCGGACAAGGUGGCAGAAGAUGAGUUUGACCCUAUUCCUGUAUUGAUAACCAAAAACCCACAAGGUCUCCAGAGAGAGCCCAAUCCCUGUCCUGUAAUAACCAUAGAGCACUUUAAAGAAACAGCCGGUGUUAAAGGCCUUCCCCUGUAUCCAGACCCCUCCAGAGGACCUGGCCCAAAAACUCAGAACAGUUUAGAAUCUGACUACCUGGCCCGAGAUGGCCCUUCAAGCAACAGCUCAUUCCACAGCAGCGAAGAGGAAGGGACUGACCUCGAGGGGGACAUGCUGGACUGCAGUGGGUCUCGACCUCUCCUCAUGGAGUCCGAAGAGGAGGAUGAGAGCUGCAAGCCUCUGCAGGGGAAGCUGGGAGGGGCCAUUCCCUUCGCUCAGCCAGAGGGGUCUACCGAGCCAGCCAAGGCAGCGCAAGGUGGAAGGAAGAACCAGUUCCGCGCCCUCACGCAGCCCACCGCCGAUGGGCUGGGUGAGCCGGAUGUCUUCGCCACUGCCCCCUUCAGGAGCUCAAGGGUUCCCACCGAUGACACGGACAUUUUCGCCAAAGCCCCAUUUGUCUCCAAGGGCAGCGUGGCCCCUUCCCAGCCGGAGGAGGCGGACGUAUUCUUGAGAGCUCCUUUUACCAAGAAGAAGAGCAUGGAGGAGUUAGCGGGGGCCCAGAUAGCCACCUCCCAGGAGUCGCCUGCCCAGGCCGGUCUCCUUGGUCCGACCGAUGACGUCCCCCUGCUCCCGGGCCUCGAUCGAGCCGUGUAUCCCUCUGUCCGAGCUCAGUAUUCCGUGGCUGGUUUUGCCCAGCAGUCUAACCUCCCCUCCCAUUCUGUCCAAGCAGCAGACCAUCUCGACAGCAUCUCUCCCAGGGGCCCCGCCCUGGAAUCUGGGGCCCAUCCUAAUGACAGAAACAAAGGGCCUCAGCCCCAGAAGGAAGCUGUCUCAGGCCCCGUGGCUGGCAAACCAUUCCGCCCCCAGUCUUUAUCCAAAUAUUCCCGUCACUAUAGCCCAGAAGAUGAGCCAACCCCAGAAGCCCAGCCCAUCGCUGCCUACAAAAUUGUUUCGCAAACCAAUAAGCAGUCAAUAGCUGGCUCUGUUUCCAUCACAUCCCUUUCCUCCAGGACUACGGAGCUGCCAGCUGCUGAUCCUUUUGCUUUAGCACCCUUCCCUUCAAAAUCAGGCAAGCAGAAACCUUAGGAGCCAUACCUGAGCCUUGGGCCUCUGUCCUGUCCCACUCUCAGUACCCACCACAUGGCACCCAGCUGAGCCUUCUUAAGAAGAACUAUGUCAGUUACUAUCUUUCAGUUCCAGAAGUCAGAGCAGAACUUGUCAGUGAACAAACUGAGUUGAGGUGAUACUUAGUUGAUACUCCUUUGAAGUUAUGCUCAUUUCCUUCAUUUAUGUUGAUUUCUGGACUUUCAGGCAUUGCCGUGCCCACCUCCACCACCAACUCUGCUUUGUGUUGUUUGCCCAGAAACUUUAAAUCUAGAACUACUUCCCACUAAAUCCAGAAAUAACUUCCCAAAGGGGCCACAUUACUGCUUUUUUUCUUUCUUUUUUUUUCUUGGAGUUCCUGUUCAGAGUCCUGUCCAUUGAAGAAUCAAGAUGUGUCCCUCUAGGACUUGAUUUUUACUCUUGAAAAGGGUAUCUUUCAGGAAAGAAAUAGAAGACAAAAAUGCUGCACAUCAGAAGGAAGUGCAAUCCUGAAGAUACAAAUCAUUCCUGUAAAACCAGCAGCUUUAGAAUGAUUCUCUGGAUCUGAUUCUGGGUUUGUGCAAGCCAGGCCAGCCCUCAUGCCUGAGCGUGGGUGUGUAAUGGUGUCAGGUCCUUGCCUGUGUAGAAGUGCAAACAAAUGGGAUAUCUGUGCUUGUGCCUUCCCCACACGCAGGCUUUUUAAAUUCGUGUAAGGGCACAGGUGUGUGUGUGCAUGCUUGUGUGCACAGGAAGCAUUCUUCCUGUAGGUCAGCCUUGUCCCACCUUGCGUUCCUCCACAAUCACUUAUUUGCUGGCACUGGUCUCCUGACCUAACUGACUUCAACCCUGUGUUGCUUUAGUUCUUUCCUCGUGGCAGAAUUGAACUCAUUGGGAUGUAUAGGAAAAUCCUGCUGGGCAUGAAGUUUCUGAGUAGAUUCCGCCCCCCCCCCCCCCCGAAUUUGCUGUUUGCUGUCAACAAAUUCCAUUUACAUGGUCUUGCAAGAUUAAUUCUCCUUAUAUGGUUCUCCCUCAGAACAGUAGAAGAGAGCAUCUGGUCACUGUUCCAGCCACGGGGUUUGUGGUCAAAGUUAAUUUUUAAAAGUACUUUAAAGGAGUUCCCUUGUGGCGCAGUGGGUUAAGGAUCCAAUGUUGUCACUGCAGUGGCUUGGGUCACUGCUGUGGCAUAGAUUCCACCCCUGGCCCAGGAGUUUUCGCGUGCCAGAGGCACGGCCAAAAAAAGAAAAAGAAAGAAAGCACUUAGCCGUAGGUCUGAGCACUCCAUGCUGUCAUUAGGAAAUUAAUUCACCAUGAGACUAAGCUACAAACUAGGUUUGUGUUUGUUUUUCCACAUCCCUGCCAUCUUUGUCUUCUGCCUCUUGAGAAAAUAGAAACCUGAGACAUGUAAAUUAAGUUUGGGAGGAUGAAAAAAAGCUGAAUCAGCUAACCGUGAAAACCUUUGGACUCUCUUUCCCUUUUGAUGUUGAAAUAGGACAGAGAGGUGGCUAACUUGUGUUUUUGAAACGUCUCCUAUUUCUGCAAAGAUCUGCCUCAUCCUUGGCUGUUUCCGUACCCUUUAUUAUUAGUGCCUUAAAAUGAAACUUAGGUCUCAGUGGGAAGAUUUCUGCUAAAGAAGUUCAAUUUAACAUUUCCACUCGAAAGCUUCCUGUGACUUGUAGUAAAUGUUAGUGAUUUCUCCAUUAGCUGGAGAAGUUGAGAGGGUGGCUUACCAAAUCAGAUUAAUGAUUUAAGAAUUAUUGGAAGUUCUUCCAAGAAUCAAGCCUGAAUGCCUGACUCAAUUGCAGUUGAAGUUGAUGUUCAGGGAUCUUGGCAGUAAAAUAUGAACAGAUACUUUUUAAGAAUUUUUCUGGUUUGGUCUCCACCUAUUUCAGCUGUCUAGGUUAAAAGAUGAACUUAAAUCAUAGGCAUGGGGCGGGGCUCCUAGCAUUGGUUUUCCAACUGAGUUUUCAGCUGUGCCAAUCCUUCCUUUUAGCGGUUGCUAAAUGUUCAUUCCAAGAGUUGGCUUUUCUCCCAGUAAUCAUUUCUGAAUUUUCUGUGUUACAGUGGGUGCAGAAUCAUCUUUCCAGUCACAUGGUUUUGGCUAACGCAUAUGGAAUUUUAUGCCCCAAACUCUUCCCUUGGCCAUUAUCAAUACAAGCCUUCAUGUGCAGGAGUGAAAAGGAUGGGAGUAUUCAGGGAGAAAUCUCACCCCAGGUUAGAGACUCUUAAAAUAGAAGGUCACUUGAGUUCAUCCUUCUAAAUAUGCAGGGUUACCUUUAUAACAGCCUGGCAAAAUGAAUUUCCUUUGGUUAUUUGAUCAACCCUUCCUGAUUAUUUUAGUUCUUAAGGUAAAAAUCAAUAAAAUUGUGAUGAUUUUAUCGCAUAAUUGAGUCAUUUGUCAAGCUGAACUUCUAACCCUUUUUAUUGUCACUUAGAGACCUGUGGUGGGUGGUGACUCUACAUACCUUUUUUGAAUAGGAGAUGAAUAUAAACACAUGCAAAUUUUGUGUUAUUCCUGAGUCAUGCAUGGAAGUAUUUUGACUAUUGGAUCACAUUAAUAGCUGAUAGUGAAUUCUGCACUGAUCUUCUUUGGCUCAUAUAGGGUCAGUGGAUCACUUAAACAUACAAUGUUCUUGCCAGAGGCCAUCCUGAAUCUGGAAAUCUGAUAACUUUGGCUUUAAAGCAAUUGAGUGCUCAGGUGCUUUGAAUUAGUAGCAAAUGCAUGUUCCCAACAACUACUGCAACAGGUUAACAUCAAGGAGAAAAAGAAAACAUAAAGUCAACUGCAAUGCUGCACUACUUGUUUUCUUUUGUUUUGUGUGUUACUUGCUUUAUACAUAAGAUACAGAAUGUAGUAACCUGUGACCUUUCAUUUCAGUGGAGUGCAGUGGGCCAGAAUAUAUUUAUACAUAAAGCACUGACCUGCAGCACACACUAAUGAACUCUUAAAGAAUCUAUAUUAACCAACUCACAGGCACUAUUGUGUUAAUGAGGUUCUCUUUUGUGUGGUGCAAAUAUGUAGCCUCUCUGUUUCUUGGGCUCACAUAGAGAUAGCCCUUUAGCUCCAAAUCCUUGUUAGAUUGGAAAACAGAAUGAACAAAACUGGAUGCUAAAGCCGAUGCUAAGCAGGACCCAAGGGCUAGGUCACAAACUCCAUUUCCUUUUGGGCCCACUCAUCCUUGAGUUGCGGUUUCAAGUGUGUGAACUGCUGUGACUGUAUUCACAUGCUCAUGUUAGGUUGGAGUUGAACCUAGCAACCAACCCUUCUUUCUGAACUUUGAAGAAAAAUACCAGUAUCUUACUGACCCAUUAUAUUUAGUACGUUUUAGAAUACAUGUACAUCAAUGUUUUCAACUAUUUGGUAGCUAUUUCACUGGUUCAAAAGGGAAAAGUAGCGGAUGUCAGUUUUCUUGAAAAUAGGUGUAAUCACCAGAGUGACCUAAGAAUAGAAAUUCAAUCAUGCUGUUUUUGGUUCCCUAACAAAAAGUCAUCAAAACAUAGGUAUAGGAGCCCCAGGUGGUGCAGCAGGUUAAGGAUCCAGUAUUGUCACUGCUGUGGCAUGGAUUCGAUCGCUGGCCCUGGAACUUUGUAUGCUAAAGGCGACACCAAAAACAAAACAAAAAACAAAUAUAAGUUAUAUAAUAUGCGUGCAUUAUAGCAAAUAGGAAAUUUUAUGAUAGGAAACCAGAGAAGGGUGAGAUCCAACUCACUCUCUAGCAGGAACGAUACUACUUAGAUUGGAGUUCCUUGGGUUCCUUUAAUAAAGAAAGAUGUUAUUCUCUGCUGUGUCUUUGGAAUUGAAAUUGGAGAACACAGGCCAGUCAACUCGGGAAUGGCUGCUGGUCAUACGUAUGCAGUUUUAUAUGAGAAAUUUGGAAACCAGAUUAUUCUGAUGAAAGGUAUACAGGAGAGCCACUGAAAGACCACGGCUUCUAAGGAGGCAGGAGCACCAUGUAAAUGCCCACAGCCACCCCCCGAGUUCUAAUCCUGCCUUCUGGAGUAAACACGAAGACUUUAAAUGGAGUCAUGCAAUGUAAAUUCUGUUUUUUCCAGUGACUUUGUCAGCUGCUACUUGUUUGCUUGUUUGUGUGUUUUAACCACCAGAACACUUGCAAACUUGUGACGUUUACUUAAGGAAGGAAUUCGAAAUGCUUGAAAAUAAAAAGUAGUAUCUGGUUGGGAA